UCUAUUAGAUCACUUAGGACUAGCCUAAUUCAUACAGCAAUAUAUAAUAUACAUCAUCGAAGAACGACUUUAUACUUUUACGUAUUUGUUGCUAAAGAACUGAAUUCAAAUAUUUAACAAAAGAACCAUAGCAAAAGACAACUAAUGUGUAAUGGAAUUCAAUAUACUAGGAAUAAUUACAUUUGAACUUCUUAUGACAGCUAUCAGAGGUGCACCAACAAGUUUCCAUAUUCCUAUUACCAAUGUAUCAUCUACUGCUGGAGACACAGCAUCGUUGCGUUGUUCUGUUAUUUCAUUAGACAUAAAAACCGUUACAUGGAGACGAAUAAUCAAUACCUACAUGUAUCCGUUAACUGUUGGCCGGAAUGUGUAUUCAACAGAUUCACGAUUAACUGUUAAAGCAAAACACGGAUGGACUUUAGUUAUUAAAGAUGUCACCCAAGAUGAUGAAGGAGAAUACGAGUGUCAAGCUAGUUCUAAAGGGAGUAACUUAAAAGGACGUGUUUUACUUAAGGUGAAAGAAAAUCAUCGUUUCGCAAAGAAGCCAUCUGAUGUUGCAGUCAAAAAGGGGAAAUCUGGUCGAUUGGAUCCUACUGUUUUAGGUGCAGAAUCAAGACAGAAAGUUGUCAUAUCGGACUCUUGUAGAUGUUUUAUAGACAUACUAUGCAUAAUGGCAUUGGUCGUGCAUCAUAUUUUAAACAAUCUAUGAUUUACAUAAUUCUUUUAACAACAAGUGUGCUUUCAGAAUUUUCCUUGACUGUUAUCAUUUUUAUCAGUGAACAAAAUAUAUCAAUAGAUUUUCAAGUUUAUUUGAUAAUUACAAUCAAAGAAAAGUAAUUUCGUCGAUCUUACUUUACUGUUUCGAAUAAAUUUAUCAUUCAAAGCGCCUUCACGCAGACGUUUGGUCAAUGCAGCAUAGAAUUUUCAACAUAGUAAUACUUUUUUUUCUAUUUAGAGGUAACUUCCUAAUUAACCUUUUGUUCAUUAAGAAGUUUAAAAUGGUUUCACUGUUUGCUCGUUUAUAGUGCAUAUUAUCUAUAAAGGAGCUUAGAACAUAAUUAUAUUUUAGUUUUACUAUUGCAAUUGUGGAUUAUGUAAAUGUUGAUUUUAAAGACUUCUAAAAUUUGUAAAACUUUACUUAAUUUGAUUUUAGACUUUUGACAAUAAGCUCAAGUCAUUUCUUUUAUGAUGAUAUGUUGUAGACUAUUUGUCUAUUUUCAGUGAAUGAUAAACAGUAAAUUUUGUUA